UCGGUCAUCGGAUACCAUAAGUUGCAACCCUCUCAGCUAGUUCCUUGCGCAAGCUAUGGCCCCCACCGACCCCAUCGUCGUCACCUUCCUCGGUACGGUGUCGGCGGUACCCUCUCUAACGCGGAGCAAUUCCUCCCUUGCUCUACGUCUGAACGAGGACGUCUGGUUGUUUGACUGCGGGGAGGCGACGCUGCGACAGCUACAGAGGAGCAGGGUGAAGAUGGGGAGUAUAAGGAAGAUCUUCAUCACCCACCUGCAUGCCGAUCACAUCUGUGGUCUCAUACCGCUGCUCUGCACCAUUCUGGACAGCAUAGGCGGGACAGCGGGCGACUCAGGCGCUGCAGGAUCGACUGCAAAUAGCAAUGCCCAUCCCCUAGAAAUAUACGGACCCCGUGGCCUACGCGCCUACAUCCGCAGUGGGCUCACAUACACCCACUCCUUCAUACAAAAGCCCUACGUCGUGCACGAGCUGCGCUGCCCAUCCGAUCCCGACUUCCAGUCCGCUUUGCCCCUCCAGCCUCAAGAGCACGAAGGCCGCGACAUCGCUCAAGGCGAGGAAAAUGUCUGGCGCGACGUCUUCACCGGCAAACGUCUUUCUGUCAGCGCUGCGCCCCUCUUGCAUACGUGCCCGUGUGUCGGCUACGUGGUCCAUGAGGCGCCUAUGCCGGGUAGGAUGAACCCCAAGCUAUACGAGUCACAUAUCAAGCGCAACGGUAUCACGAAGAAAGUCGGUCACUUGUACGGUCGCUUGAGCCGGGGGGAGGCCAUCACGUUGCCAGAUGGCACCGUGCUGCAUGGGCCACCCCCUCGGCCAGGACGCAAAAUCGUCAUCCUCGGCGACACGCACGAUCCCUCGGCCAUCGCGCCGCUCGCCAUGGACGCCGACCUCCUCGUGCAUGAAGCCACACUCGCCCAUCUGCCCGGCGUCGAUCCCAGCACCAAACGUGCCGACACCUACGAGAGCGUAGAGGAGCGCGCGAAGUCCCGAGGGCACUCGACGCCGCAGAUGGCGGGUGCUUUCGCGAAGCGAAUUGGCGCCAAAAGGCUGGUGCUGAAUCAUUUCUCGCGGCGGUACUCUGGUGGGAGGGAUGCGCGCGCGAGGAACAUUAUGGAGGCCAUCGGACGGUUGGCGGAGGGCGAGUUCGGGAAACCGGUCGAGUGCGCGAGAGAUCUGGAUGAGUUCGUGGUGAAAUUGGCGAAUUGAGAAUGUCGAUGAAGCAGGAACGAUGGUGCGAGUUGUGGGUGAAUGCAACUAAGAAUAUGGCGAAAGUGGUCAGGUCUUCCACCUUGCUUGACACAGUCGGAUGGCAAAAACAGGGCGAGUGCACCCGACAUGCAGAGACACGGUGCAGAAGAGACACGGAGGUGCAGCUUCAUGGACUAGAUUGCAAGUCUGUUAGAGGACUUCCCAUAUCCGACGCCUCGCCCUCUUCACGCUCGUCCUUCUUUUCUUCUACCUCCCCCAUCUCGAUGUCCGUUUGCAGCGGCGGCGCAGCGGGGCGCGCGGUCUCCCGUAUUGCGGGCAGCGCGCUCUCUCGUAUUGCAUCAGGCUCGCUGAUAGCGCCCUCUUCGGCGAUGGCACCCUCCUCAGCAAUUGCUCCCUCUUCCUCGAUCGCGCCGUCUUC